AUGAGUGAGCUAGAUGGAAUUAAAUCUGAUUAUGAAUUCCUGAAAAGCCACAUCCCUUCAUCCCUCGAUGAUAAAUAUCAGCAACUUCUUUCCCAGGUUGAAAAUUUACGAUAUAAAUUCAUCAGGGAGCAAAGAAUCUGUACACUAAUCAAUAACCGUAUCGAGGAAAUCAAAGCCAAUACUUUAAACAAUGCAGAAUUGAAAACAAUCUUAAAUCCAACGAUUUUACCUCGAUUUAACCUAAGUCCAGCAGUUUCUCAACAAACAAGCCUCUUUAUCGCUUACAUAUACUCAGAGAUCCAAAUUUUCGCAAGCUCUGUCGUUGCUUUCAAAAAAUCUGAUCAAUUUUCUUAUUUUAUCAACGUAAUUAUUCCAGCUCUGUUUUGUAAUUUCACCAGCAAUGAAGUUAUAAACGAUGCAUCCCUAUUUUAUCAGCAUAUUUUGAAUAUUGCCAAGCCAAAUCUUGCAAUAGACAUUUUAACACCACUAUACAAGUCCAUUUUAGGUUAUCCAUUUAUUGAAUACGUUUUGGAUAACUAUCUUCCGAAAAUGGCGAACGAAAAACGAAUUAUUAAUAAAAACACGACACAAUUACUUCAACAGCAAUCGAAAACAUUACUUUUAGUAAUGAUGAAAGCAAUCAAACUACUUCCGCUAUGUCUCUUUACGAUUUUAUUGAUGGCCCAUAAUAAUUGGCCAAUUGAGUCCUUGAAAACGUUAUUUUUUGACAAAUAUUUUACGUAUCUAUCUAAUAUUUACAUUCUCAGUUCAUCCUACUCGAUUUUCAUUGAAGAUUUUAAUGAAAUUUUAUAUUUUAUGCGAAACUCCGAUGAAAUCAUUGUUUCUCUCAUGAAAGCACUUCUAGACAACUCAUCAAUCCUCGUAGUACCUGACAAUUUCAAGCCAUUCAAUCAUCCGUACGUAAAUAUCCUUAUGUCACCAAAUGAGGUCAACAUGAUUGCCAAAUGCAUACGCGCAUACACAAACGAUCUUCCUUAUACUGUCCAUGAGAUGGAUAUCAAGUCAGAUUACCCAACAACGCCAUUUUUCGUUUCAUAUUAUAUUAAAAAGAAAAAAUUCGAUUUAUCGUUCGACCACUUUAUUUUUAAGAACCAAAAACCAGAGUUCCCACAAAAUAACGAGUUUUUGAACCGAUACCAUAAGAUUAUUCAGAAUCAAACUUUAUCUUACAAGACUCCAUACGAAACAGUUCUUGAUACAAAGCCUUCUGAUGAUUUUGCAGAGUUCUCGUUGAAGCAGUGCGUUGCGGAAUACAUAGAACAAGCAAAUUCAUUUGAAAAUUUUUUGUAUUACAAAAUUAAGGCGAAACAAGUAGACAAAUGGUCGAAAGUUAGUUCCGAUAUGACCAAAGUGUACAGGAAGUACUCUGUUCUCUAUUUUCCGCCAAGAAAAGUUGAAUUAAUUUUCCAAGAACUUUUGCCAAUCGUUGAAGACCAAGAAACAUUGAAUAAUUAUUACGUGAAGUCAAUGAUGCCAAUUAUAUUCAAGAUGUUCAAUGAAAACAAACCAUUUUUCAACAAUUUGACGAAAUCAUGGUUGAAAAUGCUUGGAUCAUCAAAAACAAUAGUCGAUGAGCUUAAUUUGACCAGGUUUAGUGAUACUAUUCAAUGCGUUUUUUGGAAUGCCGUCCAAAUUUUUAUUUCAAUUGAUUAUGUUCCUUUUAACGACAGAUUCUUCUUGCUUCUGAGUUUUAUGAAGUAUCUGUCACAUCUGAUGCUUUAUACAACUAAAGAAGACAUAAAAAUUUUGCUGAAUUACAUUAUUACAUUUUCAAGACCGGAAACACUCAUCCACACAUUUGUAAUUUGUACUUCGUACUUUAUAGUUAACACAGAUUUGACUUCCACUAUAAAUGAAAGUUAUAUUUCUGCUUGGACUGUAUUUCAUAAUUUUAUGAAUGAAUACAUCUCAGAUGAUAAGACACGUGACUUGCAUUGCAUGGUUAGCGUAUUACAAAAAAUGGUUUCAAGAAUGUAA